UACCUGCGUGCGUUCAUAUAAGCGGGAGCCACGAGCGUGCAGGUCCGAUCCUUUCCCUUCACUGCUCGCUCUUUGUAAUUCAAUUUAAAGGUAGUUUAUUGAGCACCGAAGGAAUAUUUGUGGACUGAUAAGUCAAAUCGAGGUCGAUCGACCUUUUUGUGCUCUCCGGACUUCCGGCAGAAACUCGUCAGACUGCGACAUUUCCCCCAUAUGGUACCCUGAGGCCUCAGUCCAGCGUCAGGGAACAGUAGAAACAGCCACCAGAGGAGGGUCUGGGCCGAGUGUUGUCCCUAUGGAGAGCACCCCGUCCUGGACCAGUGGUCCCACUGAUGAAGGGCCAUACCGAGAGCGCUCCGUCGACCCCGUGGAGAUUAAGAUCCAGCACUUCGGAGUGAGGCACAAAGUCAACAAGGAUGCCAACGGCAAUAUGACUGGGCCGGAGACCGUAAGCUUUCUCCCCGUCAAAGAAGAGCCCGUCUCUGGGACGUAUAUGUGCGGACCGUGCGCUUCUGUGAGUAGCUGCAGGAAGCUCUUUUGUAGCGUUUUGACUUGUGGACUGUACCGCGUGUGCCGGCGCUUGCCCUGUCUCGUUUCGAGCGAAAGCUCAGCUCCCAAAGCGCCGGUGGAGAUCCAGUCAAGUCCUCCACAGGCUGAGAACGGCUUCUAUUCCGACAUCUGCAUUGGUGGCGUCAAAGUGGACACGUCCGUCAUUGAAGAAGAUAUAGAUCACAUGUCGUUUUCCACUUCCAAACUGGAGAUGGACAGUCCGAUUUACUUCAGUAGCUUACCGGAGGAUGACUUAAUCAACGGCAGCGGGAUGGAAGACGUGGACAAACUCAUCACCCAGAAGCUCAUGGAGGUCUUCUCUGAGUUUGAGAUCAACGAGCUGGCCAAGUGCACCACGGACUCCAUGUUCCUGCGGCGUUCCCGGGAGAUCAGUCAGCUGAUCUCGGAUAUCGUGGAGGAGCACAACAUGGAGGAGCAGGAGGCCGAGUGCAGGCUGGUGCGAGAGAUCAUCCGCAUCAGCACACGCAAGAGUAAGAAGAAGCCACAGGUCAGGCCCCAGGAGCUGCAGCGGGACAGCGGCAAUGACACCUGGAACAGCAAGAGGAACAGCCAGAAGAGCAGCUUCAACUCCAUGAGCGAUGGAAAGUUGCAGAUUUCAAUGGAGAGGUCAGAUGACAUUGAAGCCAGGAAGUUACGCAACAACAGUAGCCGGUCGUUCUCUCCGAGUUUGCAGGAAACCGCUGUGCGGAUCACGUCGGACACUCCUUUACUCCCCAGCAGCAUACGAGCGUGAAAGUGUCCCGUCAGACAAGCAUCAUUUUCAUUUCCACACAUCCAUAAACGAUGAAUACUUGUGAAGAAUAUGUCCUCUGGCUUGGAGUCAGUGGGUGAUUUUGAAGUAUACCCCUAAAAAUUGUGAUUUCAUGGGUAGUUUUUUAGCAUAUCUGAAAUGGUAGGUGUAUUUAUACAUCAGUUUCAUGUUUUCAUCUUAACAUUGCUGUCCAGAAGAUAUAAGCCAGCAAAUGACUCGCUGAGAAUGAAGAACGAGAAACCGUCUGACCUCUUUAUUGCCAACAGAUGCACAUAUACUGUAGGAGCAAUAUGGCCACAAUGGGCCUGAUUCUUUCAUAAUGAUUUAACUUUCCAUGCAUUUCUGCCUUUUCAAGAAAUAUUUCUCUGUCAUUUAUUAACUCUCAUGCCAUUCCAAAAUCGUAUAUUUUUCCUUAUUUGAUAAAACACAAGUGGUGAAUUUGUGAGGAAUAUCCUGGCCGCUCUUCAGUAUAUUGAAACUCUCACAAAGCACAUACAAAACACUAUGGCUUUUGAAGACUUGUGAUGUAGCGAAUAAGUAAUAUAGACUACUUUUUAAUGGUAUCCCUAAAGAUUGGCCAGAAUAUUGUUCAGAAAACUCAGCUUUGUUGCACUGAAGAAACAAAGGACGUUUUCGUUUGUAAAUUUUUGACUUUUGAAUAGUGAGCUGUUCCUUUACUGCUGAGAUGAAGAAUGUAUUGGUCAAAUGUUGGCACUUGAGUGAAAGUUUGGCUGUGUGAAGUUUGUUGGACCAAACAAAAUGCUUUGAGCCAGAAUGAAUGUGGAAGAGUUUUAAAUGGGCCUGGAUGCUUAUUUAAACGUCCACAGAAACAACUUAUGCACUUGCCAUAUGCAAAAUCUAGGAUAGCAUCUAAUCAGUGCUUUAUUUUCAUGUAUAUUUUAAUGCUGCAAGAGUAAUUUGUUAGGAAAGAAUGUUUUCUUAUGUAAGACUGCUAUGUUUGCUUAAUAAUAAAAUCUGUUGCAUGGUAAACAUGGGUUAAAACAAUAGAUUUCAUGUUACAUAGUGUGCAUGUUUUACUCAGAGACCUGGUAAAAGCUCUAUGCAAACUGAUUUUGUGCAUGUGGCUUCAGUGAAGAUGCCAGCAGAGUAAAUGCACUGUGUUCAAUCAAAUGCACUAACAUUCACAUUCUACUCUAAUGCAUCUGAAGUAUGCAAAUAAAGACAUUUUUCCCAUCAUACAUACUGCGGCACAGGUGAGGCUGGAAACAAUGCCAAAACACAACUAUUUAAAUGAUGAUUCAUAGGACACAAGGUCACAAUCAGUG